UUUAAUCGGAGCGGUCGCCUAACAGAAACAGGAGCGCGACGAUUUGGCGCAAGCUCGCCCUUGACAUCAAUCAGAGAUAUCACCGGCGCCAAGGGCUGAAUCAGCUGCCGAGAGCAGCAAUCUGACGUGCACACAUCAUAGGGAGGUAACAGUGCCGGCUACAGACCGAUCAGCGGCAGCAUGAGCUCUCCAAAGCGACGGAUAGAGACGGAUGUGAUGAAAAUGCUCAUGUCCGACUACGAAGUCACUCUCGUCAACGAUAACAUGCAAGAGUUCUUUGUGCGCUUCUAUGGCCCAACAGAAACGCCUUUUGCUGGCGGAGUGUGGAAGAUCCAUGUCGAAUUACCGGACCAGUACCCGUACAAAUCGCCUUCGAUAGGCUUCAUCAACAAAAUCUUCCAUCCCAACAUCGACGAGCUCUCGGGCUCAGUUUGCUUAGACGUCAUCAAUCAGACUUGGUCGCCCAUGUUUGACAUGAUCAACAUUUUCGAGGUCUUUCUGCCGCAACUGCUGCGAUACCCGAAUCCGAGCGACCCCUUGAACGGUGAAGCUGCCGCGCUCCUGAUGCGCGAGCCAAAGACCUAUGAAGCCAAAGUGAAAGAUUACGUACAGCGGUUCGCGACAAAGGAAGCCGCAGACGAGGCAGGCUCGGAGGACGAAGAAGAGGAUGAGGAGGAGGACAUGAGCGAUCAGGAUAGCUACAGCUCAGAGCCAGAAGAAGCGGCGGGCGAGAUGGAGCUAUAGCCUCACCCCCCUCAUCCACGCGCUGCACGUCCGUCCAUCAUCGCAACCUCGCAUUCGCUCCCCUGUUGCUCGCCGUACAUUGUAGAUUGUAUGCAAGUCAGGAAACCCACCAAAUGCAGAAAAAGCUAUGGCUGCAUGAGAGGUAAAGACAGUAAGGUAGG